CAACUUCACUUUAGAAUACUCAGGAAGCCAACGCCCUCGUUCACACGCGCCUUAGCUGAUGCUUGUAUGGGUGUGACCCGACCCUCGGCUGACGCAAAUAAUUUUGUAUAUUUUGAUUGGGUAUCUACGAUUUAACGGAAGCCCGCGCUCCUUGUUUUCCAGCGGUUUUCUCGAGAAAGUGACAGAUGAACUAGGGCUUUUUCAUAUUACUUUCUUUGCCUUUGCUCAUUCCUUUUUACAUUCCUUAUAAGGGGUUGUAAUUAAUGGUUAUUUGAUGUGUGCUGGUUUUUGAAGGGUUUUUCUCAAAACCCUAAUAACUUCACUUUCUUGCUCCUUUUAUUUCGGGAAAGGUUCAGCAUUCGGUGAAUUUCUUGUUGGUGGUCCAUGAAUCUUCAUUAAUCAUGGAGCUCCAGGGCAAGAAACAGAGGCCUAAUAGACUACUAUAUCAGUUGGGUUUCUACCUUCUCUCCACCAUCCUCCACCGUAGCAGAAGCAGCAGUGGUUGGAGACCUAAGAAAUGGGCUAAGCUUUCGAAGGCGACUGUUUGUCAGAAGUGUGGUGACAGAGGCUACUAUGAGGCUCUGACUUACUGUACCAAAUGUCAUACAUCUGCUGAGCACCGCUACUGCUUAGAUAAACUGCCAGAAAAGCUCGAUGAAGUGGUGACGGAUUGGAUGUGUGAAGGCUGUGCAACUAGGAUUUCAAAAGAAUCUCCUCUCAGUACACCUAGUUCUGUUCCGGCCAGGACAAGUGACCGUUUGAGGUUAAAAAAAAUUGUGCAAGUAUCUCAUUGUAGAACAAGAUUGAGCUAUAAAAAUGAGAUACCUGGCUCUGUGACUAAGACCGUGGUGCAGAGACGUGAACAUUUAAGAAGUGCUCAAGCAACAGAAAGUAGAAGUAGAUUGAAGGAAAAAAAGAGCAAACCUAGCUUAGUGACUAAAGCAGAAGUGCAGAGUUCAGAACAUAGCCUCUCGCAUCAACCUUGCGAUGCACCUUGCAGUAAGAUUCAUGAAAAAGAUCAGACACUUGGAAAGCAUGACCAGUCAGUAUCAGAUGAUGCAGGCAACUUCAAUGAAGAGGCUGAAUUUGUUAAAACCAAUGCCUCUGAAAUAACUACAGGUGAACCAUCAAAUAUGCUGGAAAUUAUUUGUUUUGAAAGUGAACAACCUAUGGUUGAUACCAAUCUCAGUGAGACUUAUGAGAAAUAUCAGGAGCUUGGAAAACAGAGGAAAUUGGUACAUGAAGAUCAGGGAAACACCAGGGAGGAGGCUGAACCUGCUAAAGACACGGUUUCUGAAUUAGCUAUUAUCGGUCCAUCAAAUACCCCAGAACUUGAUCCAUCUAACGUCCCAGAAUUCAGUUGUUUUGUCCAUGCACAACCAGUCGUUGAUCCAAUAUGGAGAGGAAAUUUUAGCAUCUGCAAUGAAAACUUUGAUUCUGUUAAUGGACUUGCAGCUCAUUUGUCUAGCAAAGCAUGCUUAAAAGUGUGCCAGCAGGCAAGUUUGUUACCAGCAUUGCUUUGCCCAACAAUGCUUCCUAAGUUUGAUGUGUGGCCUAAAAGUUUCCAGAUCUCACAGCCAAGUGAUGACAAUAUUGCGCUUUAUUUUUUUCCAGAAAAUGAGAGAGAUGAAAAAGUUUUUGAUCGCCUGGUGCUUGACAUGGUAAGCCACGAGCUAGCCAUGCAAACUGUGGUUGAAAAUGCAGAACUCUUGGUUUUUGCUUCUACUGAACUGCCACUUCGACACUGGAGAUUUCAUGGGAAGUUGUAUCUAUGGGGUGUGUUUAGGGGAAGGCAAGUUUCCUCGACCUCCUGUCAAGUGGAUGACCGGCACUUGAUACCAAAAAGCAGCAAGGAGAGUGUUACAUCUUCAAAGUUAGCAAAUGAUGCAGGGAUCAGAGAGGAGAAAGACACUUCAAUGGUCACCACCUGGGAUUGUCGGAGUCCUCUAAGUCCCUUAAGCAACAGUGGUAGUCACGGGUCUGGCUCACUGUGAUCUUGUCACUCCACAUGUUUUAUUUUCGUAUCCCUUUUGAAUUUUGGUCAGAAUUUGUAUCUUCUUGCCCAUUCUUUAGAUGUAGCCUGACAAGACUGAGAAAUCAGGUGAACAAGAAGCUGACACAGAAACGCUGAUAAUUGAGGGGGGGAAAAAAAUGGAACUGUAGAAGCUUCCCUUGGAAUCUUUCAUCUUGAAGAAUCAUCAAACAGAUCGAUCCAUGCCCACAAUGUACAUUGUUUUGAUACACCAAAGCAGCCACUCUGAAGCCAAAGAUACUUUGUGUUGCAACAAAUGUGGAAGAAAUGGUAGCCCUGGCCAGAGAACUAGUGAUUGCCAUCCUGAAUGGCAUGUCCUUGUCCUUGUCCUCCCUUUGUAUCGUUCGUUAAUCCUACAGUUUUCACAGGAGGCACAGCCAUGUAGAAUUUUUUGAGGUUACUUUUAUAUUCAAUUCCAUUUUUUUAAAAACA